AUGGUUGUUGUUGCAAAUAUUUUAAAUGAUUUUAAUGGAGCACUCGUUAUGGUACCCCUCAUGCAUGAUGUUCAAUUGUCAAUGUCUCAUGUUGUAGAAGAGAUUAAUUAUGAUAAUGAUGUUGUAGAAGAGAUUAAUUAUGAACAUGAUGUUGUAGAAGAGAUGAAUUAUGAACAUGAUGUUGUAGAAGAGAUUAAUUAUGAACAUGAUGUUGUAGAAGAGAUUAAUUAUGAACAUGAUGUUGUAGAAGAGAUUAAUUAUGAACAUGAUGUUGUAGAAGAGAUUAAUUAUGAACAUGAUAUUGUAGAAGAGAUGAAUUAUGAACAUGAUGUUGUAGAAGAGAUGAAUUAUGAACAUGAUGUUGUAGAAGAGGUUAAUUAUGAACAUGAUGUUGUAGAAGAGAUUAAUUAUGAACAUGAUAUUGUAGAAGAGAUGAAUUAUGAACAUGAUGUUGUAGAAGAGAUUAAUUAUGAACAUGAUGUUGUAGAAGAGAUUAAUUAUGAACAUGAUGUUGUAGAAGAGGUUAAUUAUGAACAUGAUGUUGUAGAAGAGAUUAAUUAUGAACAUGAUGUUGUAGAAGAGAUUAAUUAUGAACAUGAUAUUGUAGAAGAGAUGAAUUAUGAACAUGAUGUUGUAGAAGAGAUGAAUUAUGAACAUGAUGUUGUAGAAGAGGUUAAUUAUGAACAUGAUGUUGUAGAAGAGGUUAAUUAUGAACAUGAUAUUGUAGAAGAGAUGAAUUAUGAACAUGAUGUUGUAGAAAAGGUUAAUUAUGAACAUGAUGUUGUAGAAGAGAUGAAUUAUGAACAUGAUGUUGUAGAAGAGAUUAAUUAUGAACAUGAUGUUGUAGAAGAGGUUAAUUAUGAACAUGAUAUUGUAGAAGAGAUGAAUUAUGAACAUGAUGUUGUAGAAGAGAUGAAUUAUGAACAUGAUGUUGUAGAAGAGGUUAAUUAUGAACAUGAUAUUGUAGAAGAGAUGAAUUAUGAACAUGAUGUUGUAGAAGAGGUUAAUUAUGAACAUGAUCUUGUGGAACAGAUUAGUGAUGCACAUCAUGCUGCAGAAGAGACACGUUAUGGUGCACAUAAUGUGAAACAUUUAAUCUGGUACAAAUCGUGUUGUGGAUGA